UUUGGUAAAUAGAUAGCUAGCACUCUCCCAUCACUAUUUUUGUGCGUUUGUUGCGAAUUGUUUUCUAUCUACCAUGGUUGGCUCCAAUUUUGGAAUUAUUUACCACAACUCCAGCACUGGGGGUUCCGCUGGACAGGGAAACCACGGACAAUCCUCAGGAGCAGCAGCCAUAGGAGGAGGAGAUCGGGAGAGAAACACGCCGGCCUCGCACCUCAGCGAUUUCAUGUCGCAGCUGGAGGACUAUACUCCGCUGAUUCCAGAUGCGGUGACCUCGCACUAUCUCAAUAUGGGAGGAUUCCAGGCGGAUGACAAGCGUAUCGUCAGGUUGAUCAGCUUGGCUGCCCAAAAGUACAUGUCCGACAUUAUCGACGAUGCAUUACAACACUCAAAGGCACGGACCCAUAUGCAGACAACUAACACGCCCGGCGGUUCCAAGGCCAAGGAUCGUAAGUUCACCCUGACCAUGGAGGAUCUGCAGCCUGCUUUGGCCGACUAUGGCAUCAAUGUUAGGAAAAUGGACUAUAGUCAAUAAUUUAAAUCUUACUUAUGUCAAUUGUAUGUUAGUAAUAGUACUUAUUUUUUGAUUAAAUAGAGAUUGUCUUAAACCAUUGGAUUAACUUUUCCGACAUCUAGUAUAUAUGUAUGAAAUAGCCACCCCAGUUUGCAGUCAAAUUUAAAAAAAUGAGAAUUCAUUUGAUUAUAAAUAAAUAGAACAAACUGAACACAUAAACAAAACAUAAUGCAUGUGACCACUUUCUUCUAUAUCCUUACCAAAUAAAAAUUCUUUGAGAUUCCAUAGAUACUGUUAAACCAGAAA